AUGACUGCUGGUCUAGGACUGCUGAUGCUGGUAGCAGUGGCUGAAUUUCUUACUGGCCUGCUUGGGAAUGGAGUCCUUGUGGUGUGGAAUUUUGGAGAAUGGGUCCGAAAAUCCAAGGCAACUUCAUACAAUCUCAUUGUCCUGGGCCUGGCUGGCUGCAGGUUUCUCCUGCAGUGGCUCAUCAUGUUGGACUUAAGCCUGUUGUCACUUUUCCAGGGCAGCCAUUGGCUUCACAAUCUCAAUGUCUUCUGGGUCCUGGUAAGCCAGGCCAGCCUGUGGUUUGCCACUUUCCUCAGUGUCUUCUAUUGCAAGAAGAUCACAACCUUUGAACACUCCGUCUACUUGUGGCUGAAGCAGAAGGCCUAUAGCCUGAGUCUCCGGUGUUUUCUGGGGUACUGGAUGAUCGAUUUGUUACUUAUAGUCCAAAUUGGCUUAAAGCCCUACAGUUUUUCCCAAGGAAACAGCAGCAAUCUGUACUCCUUUUCAAGCUGGCACAGGUUUUUUAUAUUUCAGUUUGGUGCAGGAAAUUGGUUGCUUUUCAUGGUGCUUCUUGUUUCCUCUGGGAUGCUGACUGUCUCUUUGUAUAGGCACCACAGGAAGAUGAAGGUCCACACAGCUGGUAGGAGGGACGCUUGGGCCAAGGCUCACAUCACUGCCCUGAAGUCCUUCGGCUGCUUCAUUAUACUUCACCUGGUUUAUACUGUGGGUGUCCCCUUCUCCAUCACCUCUAGGUUUCCUCCUGCUAAUCUCUCCGGUGUCUUCAUCUCUGAGAUAUUUAUGGCUGCCUAUCCAUCUCUUCAUUCUCUCAUAUUGAUCAUGAAGAUUCCCAGGCUGAAGCAGACUUGUCAGAGAAUCCUACGGAAGACAGUGUGUAGUUGGAGAUCCUGGGGCUUGUGA